UUUUCCAUCGACCACCUCACUCGCCGCUUUCCAAAAUCCGAACCUUGCUUCAGCUCUCUCUUCCCCUCUCUUUCCGAGAUCCAUCAAUGCCUCUUUGAAAAGGGAAGACAUACACAUUCCAAGGAGGCAAAUGGAUACUGUCUACAGAGAAUUAGAUGAAGUCAAAGAAGAGGUGGAGAAGCUUAAAACAGAAUGUCGAGUUAAAACAGAACUUGUUGAGAGCUUGAAGAACGCCCGCAAUGAAGAAUAUCUGAAAUUUCAAGAGAUUAUGCAGCAGACAGAGAAACAGGCCCAUGAACUGCAUCUUAAGUCUGAAGAGAUAUACGAACUGAGGAAAGUACAUGAAGAUCUCAAGUUCAAUUUGCUUGAAAAAGAAGAGAAUAUCAUGCAUUUGAAUUCAGAGAAUAAGAAGAUACAAGCUAAUUUCGCUGAGAGAUUAUCAAAAUUGGAAGAAGUAAAUAGAGAUCUCGUGCUGGCUUUAGAUGAGCUGACAGUUAAAAACAGUGAGCUGGAGCAGAAUGCUUGUGUCAAUAAUAAGGAAAUUUCAGGCCUCAGAACACUUCUAUCGGCUACAGAGAAGAAGUAUCUCGAAGCAGAAGAGAAAACCCGGGAAGCUAAAAGGUUGCGGCAGAGAGAUGAUUUCAUAAUGCAACUGGAGGAAGAAAAUAGAAAUAUGCAAGAUAAACUGAAAUGGAAAAUUGAACAGUUUAUACAUCUUGAAGAAGCUCAUGAAAAGCUUCAAAGGCAGUUCCAAUCUGACAAGGAUCAGUGGGAGAAGGAGAAAUCUGCACUCCUUGAGGAGAUCACUUCCCUGCAGACUAGUUUAGAGUCUCAAACAAGAAUUCUAGAAGCAGUACAAUCCCGUUUAGAGAUGUGCAACCACGCAUUAGCUCACCAAGAAAGCAGGAGGAAACUCCUCGAGGUUGAAAUAUCUGAAUUCAAGUCACGGUUUGAGGAUGUUUUUACCCAAUGUGAAGAAGAAAAAUCAAAGAUACAGAGCUUGACCAUUCAGAGGAAUGAAGAGAUUGCAGAGCUAAGGAAUUCCCUGGGAGAAAAAGAGACACUAGUGAGAGAAAUGGAACUUAAAAUUGUUCGGCUUGAACAAGACAAUCAGGAAUUAGGACAUUCACUUAAAGAACUAAGGGAAGCUGGAAUCCAAAAUGCUGGAGCAAGUUCUCUGCUAUCAAAACUCCGCAACAAACUUAGGCACUUGGAAGAGGCACGCAAAAACUGUGCCUCUAGUAUGAAGACUAAAGAAUGUCAAUGGGGUUAUCAAAUGGAAAAGAUGGAAGCAGAUAUUAGUAUGUAUAAAUCUUCAUUGACCAGUAAAGAACAAGAAAUAAUGGAUCUGCUGAUGGAACUGGAAAAUUGUCAUUAUGUAAUUGAAGAAUAUUCUAUGGGACUUUUGAUCUUUAAAUCUGAACUUGUUGAGGCUUACACCAAAUUAUUUAGUGCAGAAAUAGAUGAAGCUGUUCAUAUCAAAGGGAAAGAAGAUAUGACUUGUCUCUCUGAAGUGCAAUUGGAAGUGAAAGACAUUUCUCAAAAUGUGGCACCACGUAUUAUGCUAGAGGAAGAACUUGAACGGCAUAAAAAAAUGCUUGAGGAAUCAUCAGAAGGUCAACAUGCCUUGAAAGGGAAACUUCUGCAAAUGGAGGACACUCUAAAUUGUGAAAGACGUGUUGCACUUGAGGCUCAAGGAAAGCUAGAGCUUGAAAUAGCCAAUAAAAAUAAUGAGAUCGCUCAAUUAGGACGUGAAUUAGAGAAGUGGAAGCAUACGGCCCAAACUCUCAAAGCCUGCUCUGAAGAAAUUCAAGGAAAGUGUCAAAAGAUGGAGAGUUCCCUUACUUUGCAGUUCGAGAAUGAGCAAGCCCUUAAGGAUGAAAAUGAAAGCCUUAUCUGUAUCGUCAAGGAGCAGGAGAGUAAAGCCGAGGAACUUCAGAAGCAGAUUGCUUCCUUAGAACUGUACUGUACAAGUAAAUUGAAGGAAGCAGAAACAUUUAAGCAAGAGAAAGAAAAUCUUCUCCAAAAUGUUGAGGAGAAGGAGAGUUGCAUUAAAGAUCUUCAAAAUGAUAUAGCCAUGGCUGGCUUGCGGCAAGAGUCCUUGGAAAAGAAGCAUCUUCCGCAACACUUGCACUAUUGGAUGCAGAUAAAGCUCUGAAGCAGGAGAAAGAGAAUCUUUUGAAGCUUAAAGAAGAGAAAGACCAAAUCAUAAAGCACUUGCACGAACUAGCCGAGUCAUUGGAGCAAGAUUUGAUGUGUGCGCUGUCUUUCGCUUUCUCCGAACAAGUGGAAAAGUGGGUUGAGAUCGGUGCGCUUACAGGGGCCUUAAAAGAUGCAGAAUAUCUGACAAAGCGAGAAAUUGAAGAAAAGAACUUGAGAGUAGUGAAAGCAGAACUGGAAGUUAACAAUUUGCUUGAGAAGGUUGCUUAUGAGGAAGAAUCAAUCUUACAUUUGAAACAAGAAUCAGAGCAGCUUCGAGCGUCAUUAGAGGCAAAGAAGUUGGAAACUGAAGAUGUGACGGAAAAAUUGAGGUCCAUGAAAAGCAUAAUUGGAGAGCUUGAGUUUGAGAAAGGAAUUUUGCUCCAAGAUAUCACAAAGUUAUCAACUGAAAGGGAGGGUAUGCUAGCUCAUAUUGAAGACAUGUGUGAGAGGAUUGGGGAAUUAUCUGGUAAGGAUCUGCAAUUGAUGAAGACUCUUGACGAGAUGCUGAAUACUACUGCAGAUGGAGAUCAUUGGUCAACGGAUCUUGUUGACUUUGACAAGCUGCAUGUUGCUACUGUAAAUAGAGCAAAUCGUACUUUUUCUGCCACGACUAAGAAACACGAAGCAAAUUUUGAUGGGCGAGCUCCUCUGAGAGAGGUUAAGAAUUUGCACGUGUAGAUCGGGGAAGAAGUCUGAACUCAAGCAGAAGAAAUGCGGUCAAGGAUUUGGUCGGGUAUCGAGCAAGCUAAAUCACUGUAUCUAAACCUCUGUUGGGAGCUCCAAAAACCAGCAUUAUUAGAUAUGGAGAAGUGGGGGAAAAAACAUUGUCUAAUGCUUGUUUCAGUAACUACCACAUGUUUUACAGAACAUAAGUUGAGUGAUCAAGUUUAUCCACAGAUUUGUGUGGUGUGGGUGAGCCCUUUCAUAGUUUUGAUGUAUGAACCAAAUCCGUAGGAAUCACUGACCGUUGUUCCAAAAAUAGUUUACAUUGAAGAAUGAAGGAGCCAUUGUUUGCUGAUUGUA